GAAGAAGGAAGUGAGGUGGAGAGAGGGAGAUGGUGCGGUGUACGCCUGUCAGAGAGAGAGAGAGCGAGGGGCAGCGGCACCAUGAACAUUUAGUGUGUAUGUGUGUGUGUGUAUGUGUGUGUGUUUGCGCGUGAGUGUGUGUGUGUGUAUGUGUGCAUGUAUGGGGACUGGCCUUGGCACAUGACAAAAAUGUCUCUGAAGCUGCCUCGCAACUGGGAUUUUAGCACCUUCAGGGCUGAAAGCGCAAAAAUAGCGCGGUCCAAGAGCGUGAUGCCGGGCGAGGGAAGCCCGGGGUCCUGCCGACCCGGCUCGCCGAGGACCCUGGACCGGCCCCUGAAGACCGGCUGGCUGAGGAAGCAGAGGUCCAUCGUGAAGAACUGGCAGAUGCGCUACUUCGUGUUGAAAGGCAACAAGUUGUUCUACCAUAAGGACGACAAGGAGGCGGCCUAUCAGGGCUCCAUUCCUCUGAAGUCAAGUCAAGUGAAUGAGCUGCCAUCAAACCCCGACGAACCUGGGAAAUUCCUUUUUGAAAUCAUUCCGGGGAGCAAUGGGGACAAAGAGCGAGACUCCUGCGUGUUAAUGGCAAACUCGCAGAACGAGAUGGAGGAGUGGGUCCGUGCCAUUCGCAGGGUCAUCGGGCUGCCCUCGGGUGGAGCUGUGUUUGGCAGGAGCCUGGGUGACAUCAUCACGUACGAGCAGAGGUUCGGCCCGCAGCAGGUGCCCAUCCUGGUGCAGAAGUGUGCGGAGUUCAUCCGUGAGCACGGCCUGGCCGAGGAGGGCAUUUUCCGCCUGCCGGGCCAGGACAACCAAGUCAAGCACCUCAGGGAUGCCUUUGACGCAGGCGAGCGGCCGUCCUUCCCCAGUGACACAGAUGUCCACACAGUGGCGUCAUUGUUCAAGCUCUACCUGCGGGAGCUGCCUGAACCCGUUGUGCCCUGGGCCCAGUACCAGGAUUUCCUGGAGUGCAGCAAAUAUCUGGACCCCAACAGUCUGGCGGGGCGAGACAAGUUGGAGGCGCAGAUCUCUCUCCUCCCGAGAGCCAACUACGACCUGCUCAGCUACAUUUGCAGAUUCCUGUAUGAGGUGCAGCAGAACUCCAAGGUGAACAAAAUGAGCGUGGAGAACCUGGCCACCGUCUUUGGAGUCAACCUGCUGAAGCCCCAGAUGGAGGAUCCUUUUAUCAUGAUGAGAGGGACACCUCAGAUUCAGAAGCUCAUGACAGUCAUGAUCCGGCAGCAUGAGGAUCUCUUCCCGCCCUCUAAGGAUGUACUUACAUCUCCGCCCUGCAAAAAGAACGAGAGCAAGGCCAGCGCCCCCCGCAGCUUUGUUGGGUGGGAUGUGGCCGAGGACCCUGCGGAGUUCAGCACCACCCCUACUGAAAUGUCAUCUCUUUCUGAGUUCCCGGAGGAAGGUGACACUGGAGCUCCGAGCAGCGAGAGAGAGGCAGGAGAGGGCUCAGAGGCCGCAGCUGACACUCAGCCUUCCUGCCUCUUCUCACCUUCUUCUUCAGCCACAGACCCAUGGACAGGGAGUCCCCGGAAGCGCACACAGACGCUGCCCGCUCUAAACUACCCAGGCAGAGCGGGUCAUGAGGCAGACAAAUUGAGGAAGGUGUCAGAGGGAACGGUGGAAGAGAUGCCGCCAAGCCCACCUCUCACGCUGGACAUUGAUGGCCAGAAGGGAACUUUCUCAGAGGACAUCUUCAAAAUCCUGGACCUACAGAGGGUUUCUCUCUUUACUGGAACGCAGAAGAAUGGCUCGCAGGCUGAGAGGGGAUCAGGAGGUCCUGACAGGAGGGGCAGCAAUUCCGCAGCAAGUCAGAACAGUCUCCCCAAAGCCAGGUGUGGGAGCAGCAGUAGCAGCAGCAGUGGCAGCCCUCUGUUUCGUUCUCCACCAUCCCAGGAGGAGAUUGCAGAUGUGGGAGCAGACCAGAAGAAGCUUGAUGCAUCUACAACUCUUCCCACUCAGCGCCUGAGGGACCCCAGCAAGAAGCCAAGCAGUGAUCAGGAAGAGGACAUUCAGAGCCUCCUGCAGAAGAACGGUGAGCUCACAGCCACGGUGGCCGAGCUGAGGUCGGCGCUGGAAGCGGAGAGACGUCGGGUGUCGGCACUGGAGAUCCGGCUGCGCAAUGCCGAGAGCAGCCGGGAUGAGGCCCUGCAGCGCAACCGGGAGUUGGACCAAGAGAUCCAGAAGUUUCUCUCAUCUAGACCUCUGUAGGGCUCAUCCCUGCCAUAGUUUACUCUGAAGCCAGAGGGUUGAAAUUUUGCCUGGACACCUUCUUUUCAAGAGUUUUUGAGAGCCUUGUCUGCAUUAGUUUGAGCUGUACACAGCAUCAUGGGUUGCAGAUGUGAUAUAAGGCAUGUACCGCACCUUAAACCUGCCCUGCAGGAGUAGGACUCAGAACAAGGCAGGACACAAACACGGUGGAGAUGCGUUCACAGGGUUUAUGACCAUGCUGCUAAAUGUAAUUCGUUUAUGCUUGAAAGUUCUUUCUGCAUGUUCUUCGACCUGUGAAUAUUUAAUUCUCAAAUUUUUGUACAAAGUAUACUAGAUAGGUUGAUUUAUUGUGAGCAAUAUAUCAUAACAUUUGUAUGGAAUUGUUCUGUUGUACAGCCCUGGUUCCUCAUUCCUGUUUUUCGGGGUGUUUUUCAGACUUUCUUCACUUACCUCUGGAAAACUUACCUCAAAACCAGUGCUGCACACAAAGUGAGGAUUUUUGAAAUUUUUAAAUUCAUAAGCUUAAUCGAUGUAAUUGGAACUACUGUGUCCGUUUUCAGACUGAUUGCAUAUUUGCUUUAAGUUGGCUCCACACUUUCUGACCAAUUUUUGCUGUGCAAGACCUUUCCUGUAAGCAAUAUGAACACACACAGUAAGACAACAUUGGCCUUUCUCAAGUGAUAUUCUAAAUAAAACACAAGGUUCUUAGUGAAUUGCAAUUUUUUUUUUCAGAACUUGCAUGAAACAUGUCUGUCUUACUUAUUUUCAUUAUCAUCUUUUUCAUUAUUGAUGAGGGU